AUGAAGCCCGUAGUAUCUGCAUUCAACGCAUGGACAUGCAUCGUCAUCUCCGUCUUCGCGAUCGUAAUCCUCAGCACAAUCGGCGGCAUGUUCGCCAGCGGGCACCACAGCAUGAUGGGCAGUGAAGAAGACCCCAAAGACGGCGGAAAAGUCGCCGCAGCGGUAUUCGGAGCUGUGGUGGUAUACGCGAUCUUCCUCCUCUUCUGCGGCUGCCAGGCGUUCAUGCACAAACGACAAAGCGGACGGGGCGAAAUAGCAUUGCGCUGA